AUGCCCGCGACUGGUGUAUCGUUACCGACCUUGGAAGCUUUGUUGAGGGGUCUGGGGGAAAUCUGGCACGCCUUCUGGUUACCAUUCGUCGCCCGAUAUUCUCUCGUCUAUGCUUGUACGAAGGGCGUCAACUAUGCAAUGUUUUUCUGGCUUCCCUUCUAUCUCAGCGAGGUUUGUGAACUCGAUCCGGGAUUGGCUGACGGUCUAUCUGUAUUUUACGAUAUAGGGCAGUGCUUGGGCGGGGUUAUUGCGGGCUCCAUUGUUGACAAGAUGGCUAAGGGGAAGAAAUCGAUUGUGAUUACCUCAUUUCUUCUUCUGGCGGUGAUACCAAUUCUAGCGCUGAGCUUGAAGCACAGCUCCGUCGUACCCGUCACUGUUAUUAUCUUCAUAGCGGGGUUCCUGGUUGGAGGUCCCGCCAAUUUGAUAUCCGCUGCAGUAUGUGCCGAUCUGGGCAGCCAGACCGGUAUCGACUCAAAUGUGACCGCCUCUGUGAGCGGUUUAGUGGAUGGAGUGGCAUCUAUAGGAGCCGCGAUAACGCAACUGACUAUUCCCCUCCUCGCAACGGGCUCCAGUUGGGCGUGGUUAUUUGUUGCCUUCACAGGUAUGCUGCUGCUAGCGGCGUCCCUGCUGAUUCCAGUAGUGAGGAAAGAGAUGGCGUCACCCUCAACGGAAGAGGGAGCGAUAUCGACGCAGAUGAUAGAAUAG